GUCGAACUCGAAGCUUCAUUUUCGUUGUUUUGGCCAUUCGAUACCGGUAUGACAGAAAAGCAAAGAUGGAGAAGAAGAGUCGGUACCCGCAAAAAUUCCCUAUCAAUCUUAAGGAACUUCCUCCUAUACUCCCAUCCACCAUUACCACAAUCUCUUUCAAGGUGAAUCAGAGCACAAAACACCGAGAGUUUGCAGAGGAAGAUUUUGAUUUCGUUGACAAAACUGGAAGGGGAGACUCGAAAGCUGAAGAUGCUUCUUGUCUUCCUACCAAACACAUCGAUCCCGACACAGUCAAGACCAAGACCAAGAAGAAGAAGAAGAAGAGUAAGAGCAGAAAUGUGAUUUCGACUUGGCAGUCCUACUCAAUUAAUGAAGGUUCUCCGAAGAAGGUAUCAGCAAAAGCUAUCUUGUACGAGACAUGUGAUGCCAAUCGUUGGAAACCUCCAUCGUUUAUAUGCUGCCAAGAGGAAGGCCCCUGCCAUCUAAAAUCGUUCACCUUCAAGGUUGUAGUUGAGAUAAAAGGUGAUGAAGAUGUAGUUUUGGAGUGCUUUGGUGGCCCUCAGUCAAGGAAGAAAGCAGCAGAAGAGCAUGCAGCAGCCGGAGCACUCUGUUACCUAAAACAUGUGGGUUAUUAUUCUUAAUCAUUGGAGGAUAUAUCACAUGAUGGAGCAUCAAACUUUACUCUGAUCAUACCAACUGGUCUAUUAUCCAGUCUAACAUAGAAAUAGCAGAGUAUUUGUUCAUGUUUUAACAUAUUAGACGUUCUUCAUCAGAAAUCAUUACUGGUGGCUUGUAUAUAUAUGUUAACGUAUCAGCAUUUGUUUUAGAAGAUAACUCAUUUUUUUGCA